AUGAUGGUGCACACCCUCCUCCACACCGACCUCUGCUUCGGAGCGAUCUACGCCGACACUUUCGCCUCCGGCAUCGCGGACGUCGGCUGCGUCGGCGAGGUCGUCAGGCACGAGCGCUUCGCCGACGACCGAUUCUUCCUCGUCUGCAAGGGCCAGGAGCGGUUCCGGGUCACCCGCCUCGUCCGCACGAAGCCCUACCCCGUCGCCGAGGUGGCGUGGCUCGAGGAACGUCCCUCCGCCGGCGGCGGACACGAUGUGAACUGUAACAAAAUAUUGAGUUUAAUUAAAUGGAGCACAUUCGAGGGGGCCCCACGGGAACAGCAGGCGCUGCUGGAGCUCGAGGACACGACCGAGAGGCUGACGAGGGAGAAGCAGACGCUGAGGAAAACGCUUAAUUACCUGACAUCAACAUCUGCUGUUAAGGAUGUUUUCCGAUCUUCGUAG